AUGUCACAGCAAGGAGCGGCUCUUCAAAAUUAUAACAAUGAAUUAGUCAAAUGUAUUGAAGAUUUAUGUGCCAAACGUGACGAAUUACAACGUCAAAUCUUAAUCGAAGAAGAAGAUAAACAUAAACUUGAAAAUGAAAUUCGUAUAGCAAGUGAAAAAUUAGUUAAAAUUAAUGAAAACUUAGCGAAAAAAAUCACUGCAAGAACAGAAUUCGAUCGAACAAUAAGUGAAACAGAGGCAGCCUAUAUGAAAAUUCUUGAAAGUUCACAAACACUACUUAGUGUACUCAAACGAGAAUCAACUUCACUUCGCACUAAAGUAGAUGAUUAG